AUGCAUCUGGGAUCUAGUACACUGGACAACCAUAUAUCUAGAAAUAUCAGAAAAGAGAAGGAACCUCCACUGUCGACCGAUUCCUCAACUAUUCGUCACAACUCGUGGGAAGAUAGGACCGGCAUCUCGGUCAGUGAUAGCAGGAUGGGUCCGCACAGCGUUGAAAUCGGCAGGUAUAGAAGGAGGAGCCGGCAGUACCCGCUCGGCAGUGGCAACAUCCCGCUUCAAUGA